UCCGGAGUAAACCUCUUCUCAACACUCCCCACUACCCCACCCCCAUCCAGUGAUUCCAACCCCAGCCCCUCCCCUAAACCCCCCAUUCCUAUUCCCAAAUACCCUCCUCCACUAAGAAUCCAAAAGCAACGCCACCGCACUUUACCCCCAUCAAGUUCCCCCUCCACCUCCAAGUCUAGCCCCGCCUUCAAAACCCAUCACCACAAUUCCAAGUACUACAAGCCCAUUAAACCCGGACAGAAAAUAACCCCGCCCGAUGGCGAAAGCCGUGAGAUUAUAGUCGGGAAUUCUGGAAUUUCGUAUUAUUUACCUGAUGCCCCAUUUGAAUUUAUGUACAGUUAUUCAGAGGUGCCAAAGGCGCAGCCUUUGGCUAUGCGUGAACCGGCUUUUUUGCCUUUUGAACCACCCACCAUGUCCCGGCCUUGGACGGGUAAAGCGCCCAUGAAAAAGAGUAAGAGAAAUGUUAAGCUCUUUGAGCCGUUGGGUGUUGUUGAAAAUAAGGUAAAUGGAAACGUCGGUGAAAAAAGAUUUAAAAUGUUCAGGGCUUAUGAGUUGGGGAAGGUUAUUAUAAGGCCGCGUGAAGAGGUGUUGGGGGAGCCAUUGACGAGAGCGGAGAUCAAGGAGCUGUUAAAACCUUGUGUCUCUAGUAAUAGACAGGUGAAUUUGGGUAGGGAUGGAUUAACUCAUAAUAUGUUGGAGUUGAUACAUACACAUUGGAGGAGACAACCCGUUUGUAAAGUUCGCUGUUUGGGUGUUCCAACUGUUGAUAUGGACAACAUAUGUCGUUGCCUUGAGGAGAAGACCAGUGGAAAGAUCAUUAAUCGGGUUGGUGGAGUAGUGUAUCUUUUCCGUGGCAGAAACUAUGAUCAUCAAAAACGUCCAAAGUUACCUGUGAUGCUUUGGAAACCGGCUGCACCAGUUUAUCCGAAACUCAUACAAGAAACUCCAGAGGGGUUGACAAAAGAAGAGGCCGAGGAUUUACGAAUUAAAGGAAGGAGUCUGCUUCCAAUAUGUAAAUUAGCCAAAAAUGGAGUCUAUGUUUCCCUGGUGAGGGAUGUGAGAACUGCUUUUGAAGGAUGUCCACUGGUGAAGAUUGACUGCAAAGGCCUGGAUGCUAGUGAUUACAAGAAGAUAGGAGCUAAGCUGAAGGAACUGGUUCCAUGUGUACUUUUAUCUUUCGAUGACGAACAAAUAUUGAUGUGGAAGGGAAAAGACUGGAAAUCUAUGUACUCGAAUGAAACUCCUAAUGUAAAACCGUCUUAUACUGCAAGUGUUACCAGUAACUCAGGUAUUUGUGGAACUAUAAUCACAUGUGAAUGCAAUUGCUGACAUUGCUAUGCUACUGCCUUGCAGUUUUUCUACAAUUUCUUUUCUAAUGGACGUAUUAAAACUAUUUUUUCUUUUGUGGGACCUGGGAUUUUUCGGGGGCAAUCUUUCAAUAAUUGUCAUGCAUGAACUAUUGGUUAGGAAACUUAAACCUUUUUCUCUUUCAUUUUCAUACCUCAACUUGCAAAUUAGCGAUUAAUUCUGCUCGACUAUUUCAAAAAUUUCUUUUUAUAAAUGAUGUGCUGUACGUUUUCAGUUUCUAAUUUUUAUUCUAAUGUGUCGUUCAUUGAAGUAGAGAGUAGGACCGGUAGGGGAAAAAGUGUGUGUGUACUGAAAAUUUAAGAGGUCACCUCUUUCAGUAUGGAAGGGUUGUAUCACCCAAGUACAAAAAUAUAGUUGGUUAUUGACCACUAAAGCUGCCAAGAUUUACCAUAAAGGGAGCUUAAUUUGGCCGUUCAGACAACUUUUGUUUAAUAUAAUCUAAGAUUGCUGCUCUGCAUUAGAUGUUUGAUUGCAAAUUAUUUUAGUUUUAGUAAUAUACAGCAGAAUGG